GCCCGCGGUACCGCCCCUGGCCGGGCGUGGGCGGGGCUGUGGCUGGAAACCGGAAGCAGCCGCGGCCCCAGCUCGGGAGACAUGGCGGGCAUUAAAGCUCUUGUGUUAUUAUCCUUCAGUGGGGCUAUUGGACUGACUUUUCUUAUGCUGGGAUGUGCCUUAGAGGAUUAUGGUGUUUAUUGGCCCUUGUUCGUCCUGAUAUUUCACGCCAUCUCUCCCAUUCCUCAUUUCAUUGCCAAAAGAGCAACAUAUGACUCUGAUGCAACAAGCAGUGCCUGUCGGGAACUGGCAUAUUUUUUCACUACUGGGAUUGUUGUUUCUGCCUUUGGAUUUCCUGUUAUUCUUGCUCGUGUGGCUGUGAUCAAAUGGGGAGCGUGUGGCCUUGUGCUGGCAGGCAAUGCAGUCAUCUUCCUUACAAUUCAAGGUUUUUUCCUUGUAUUUGGAAGAGGAGAUGAUUUUAGCUGGGAGCAGUGGUAGCACUAUAUUCUGAUAAAACGCAUUUAAUUUCUUAUAAUUCAUACUAUAUGUGUGUGCACAUGUGGCUUUUUGCUAUGAAAUUCAAUAUGCUGGGGUUUUUUUUUUAUACUUUUAUAUCAUGUUCACUUUAAGGAGGACUGUAUGAGAAAGAGAUUUGUUUUAGUACCAGCAAAUAGACCACUCCAUGUACUCACGUUGAAUUAUGUUACUUGGCUCUUCAUAUAGUCAUGGUGCUCUCAGAAAAUAUAUUAACACAGUCUUGUAGCCAGCUGCUCACAUAUGCAAUGCAUCUACACCUUUUGCCUGGGGAUGUGCUUGGAUAGGAGCAGGUCUCAGUUCUGCUCAGGAUUUCAAGAUACACUUGUGGCCCAGAGAGACAGAGGUGGCUCCCUCCUUCUCAGCGUGUGGUCCAUGGACCAAGAGCAUCGGCAUCUCCUAGGCACUUAGUACAAAUGCAGAAUCUGAGGCCCCACCCCAGACCCAAUGCAUUUUGAUGAGACCCCCAAGUGAAUUGGAUGAGAAGCGCUGUCAUAGAGGACUAAGUAUCGUACACAGUUUCCUUUUCUUCCCCUUGCAGAACCCCUUAACCUCUGCUCAUUUAUGAAAAUUGUUUCACCUGCCCCCAUGUUGAGGCCUAGUUCAGACUCGCUUUGGUAUUUGUGAAAUGUCCUCACCUGUAAUGUGUAGGCUGUUCCUCAAAUUUAUGAAGUGUUCUCAGGAACCAGUCCCUGCUUUAACAGGAUGAGGAAGACUAGAUAGGUGAUUCCGUUUAGUUUCCCUUUAUUAUCCGACACUUCUGUCCCAUUCCUUCCUGUGCUGCUCCUCCUCCCCUCCCCAAACACAUACUGUCAGCAUUUCUGAUUGGUCCUUGCUUCUUCAUGGCUGUGGUCCAUCCUUUCUAUAGAGACAUGGAACCAGGUAAGCAAGCAGAGGGUGAGCUGCUUAAUUUUCCUGACAUGCUGAUGUACUUACUGUCUUUUAUGUCCUGUAGGACUUUUUAUAUAGAUAGUAACACUUUAGGCCACUUUUAAACGAAUCAUGAGGAAUACAUGUCAUGCUGGAUCCUAUAAUCACAGUUUUUCUAGCUCAACUUGAUGUCCAAGAGAAAGGGAAAUAUGGGAAUUAGAACCACUUAAUCAGAAUAGUAGAAGCAGUGAUUUUAGAGUAUUGCUAAUGUGUGAUAACUGACUUACAUUCAAAACACUGACCCUUUAAGUUUGUAAUCUGAGUAAUUAGCAUAUCCUUUCAUAUUCUGGAAUCAUACUGAGACGAGAAGAAGAUAAAAGUGAUCCCUAAAAGGACAGUAUGCAAAGUUACAUUUUGACCUUGUGCAUGAUUUUAUGUUUUCAGUGUUCUGUGUACAUAUAGAAUUGUUGAAGUUAUUAUUUCCAGUAUUUAUAUUAGAAAAAAUAUAUAGAUACUUUAUAAUUUUAACCAGCAUUUUUAAUAACACUUGCACUUAUUGUAUUGUAAUAAAUUUCACUUUAAACACAAAAGAAAAGUUUACUUUAAAAGUCUUUUUUCUGAUGUAGCCCUACUUAAAAGAUAACAAAAAAGUGAGAAUUUCUUGGUGUUCUGAAAUAGACAGUUUUGAGUAAUAAUCUGCCCUGCAAUAGAAUAAUAGCAAUAAGAGUUAAGAUUCCAUUUUGAAUGUCUAGUUGGCUUACAAUAGCUUUUCCUAAGAUGGAAAUAGUGUUUAAUUAUGUUACCUUUUGCAAAAAAAUGUCUUUGUUGCGUGCACAAUAAUCCAGGUAGCCUUAAUGUGUAGCCUUAAAGCAUUGCCUCUUGAUUGUAUUUCCAGAAUAGAAAGUACUUGCCUAUAGAAUAUUUGUAGCUAUUCCCUAAUAAUGUAAUGGUUUGUUGAAGUGGUAGAUUAUUCGAUUUGCUCUAUUGUCUGAAAACAGAGACAUUCCGUCUCUUUUCCUAAGAACAAGGUCUGUCUUCCAUUUUUGGAGCCCUUCCUAUCCCCUAAUGCCGUUAGGGCCCAGGUAUACUCCUGUGAGGUUUGCUGGCCUCCUUUCCUGGAUCAGGGCCCUUCUAGCCUUCUCUACCUCCUGGGGUUCUUCAUAUUCCAAAAUCACCUACCUUCCUCCUACCAAUCAGUUUUCUUAGUAUAGCUGAUACCAUGUGGUGAUCAGAAGAAAACAAUCUGAUCAAACUCCUUUCCAAGAAAGAAUGAAUGACUUGGGAUCAUCUUCCCCUCGUCUGAAACUCCCAAUACCUGCAUGAUGCAGUUGCCACACAGUGCUGCAGCUGCAUUUUUACAAGGCCAUGCCUCAGAACCCAAUGACUUUCACAGAAAAUGGCAAUGCUUCAAAGUAAAGUGGAAAAGCAUCCCAACAAUUUACAGAAGGGUAAUGAUGCUUUGGGGACAGGGGCAACCCUGUCACAUUCACCCCUUCCUCAGGGUGAAUUCUCAGCUGGUCCUGCUUUCCAUAGUUGUUUCUUUUACUCCACUUAUAAACCCACAUAUUUUAUUUUAUUGAUUUUAGAGAAGAAGGAAGGGUGAGAGAGAGAGAGAAACAUCCAUUGGUUGACUCCUGCACACUCGCCCACCAGGGAUCGAACCCACAACCUGGGAAUCAAACCGCCACCUUUUGGUGCACAGGAUGCUCCCACCAACUCAGCUGCACCGGCUAGGGCCUCAGAUUGUUCUUACCAUCUCCUCUUAGGUAUUUUACCUCUGCGGUGUCUUCUUCAUGAAGAGUCUUCCCGAGUGUAGCUGGAAUGUUAUAUUAUAUAAAUAACAUUCCUCAUGCUCUCAGGGAAAUGCUUAGACGUCACAAAAAUGUGCAUUUCAAAGCUUGUAAAAUUUACAUUUUGCACCAUAAUUUAACUGAAAUAUUUAUGAGGAUGCUAGCGUUUUCCAAGCAUAGUAAUUAGGUCACAACUGAGAAAUACUUCUGUAGAUGAAUAUAAGUUGUGCAAUUGCAUUAUUUCUUGACAGUCUGCCUCAUGAAGUACCUUAUUUGCAAAAAUUCUGGUGUGUAAUAGCUCAUGACUUACUGGAGGAGAGCAGUGAUACAUGUGGCCCCAAACAUAAUGUGAAAAACCCAAGACUGCUUUAGAAUACUUUAUUAUAUAUGUAUGAUGAGGAUGAUUACUUUUUAAAUAAAACUUGUCAUUUAUACUUAAAAAA